UCGUACGAGCAGUCGAACAACUCAUGUUCACACAGAAAUCACUCCGACCAGGGGCGUUUACCUCAUUCCUUACGCACAGCUGGCUCGGACGACAGGUCACUGGUUCACUGAAAGAGAUCUGCUAAAUCCUAGCGGAAGAUGGAGGAACUACAGAAGUAUAAGGCAGUGUUUGACGAGUUUGACACCAGCGGAGACAACAAGAUCAGUAAGGGCGAACUGAGGGACGCAAUGGCUAAACUGGGGUACAACCCUACCGAACAACUCAUGGAGAUGGCCAUGGAAGAGCUCGACAAGGACAAUUCCGGGUUUCUGAACUUCCCAGAGUUCAUGGAGUUCUGCCAGAUGCAGCCGCCUCCAGACGCAGGCGCGGGCAUGCGGCAGGCCUUCGAGGAGCUGGACACGGACGGCAGUGGCUACAUCGGCAAGGACGAGCUCCGGGAGAUUUUUAAGAGAACCGGCCAGAACGUGUCCGAGGGCAUGCUGGACAAGAUCGCGGUGAAGCUCGGAGGGGAAGACGGUCGCAUCAGCUUUGAGGAGUUCAUAACCCUGAUGAACAAUGCCCAGUAGUAAUAUGGUGCUGUACGAGUAUAGCCUCGCUCUACAGACAUUAGCCAGGGCUUAGCUUACUUCUUCUACCACCCUGUAUGAUGCCCAGUAAUAUAGUUCUCUACGAGUAUAGCCUCGCUCUCCAGACAGCUUAGUUGUUCUGCCACCCUGUACAAUAAUGAAGAAGCUUCUUGUUAAGACCAGGCUGGUGUCUGAUGAACGUGGUUAUAUUAAAUUCUUGACACAAACCAGACCCAAUCUGCUACUAUACUGUAAUAUACUUCGGGUUUUGUCGAUUGCAAUAUGAAGCAAAAGAGAACAAAAAACUAGACUUGCAGAAAUACGUAAUGUUUGUGACAAGCAACAUACAUGUACUGUAUGAACAAUAAAGGUGUCUGGUGAUACCUCAA